AGUCGUGAGGUUCGGUAGUCUGAAGACGCUAGCUUGUGACUGGGAGGGGGAGAAGGAAGGCCUCUGUGAAGGGUUCCUCUCUGUCCUCUCGGUCCUGGGGACCUCACAAAAAACCAACACACCGACUCCGCGGCUAGCCCUUUUCCCCAGGCUCUCUCCGCUUGAUUUCACCACCGUUAUGUGGGAGGCGAAUCCGGAGAUGUUUCACAAAGCAGAAGAAUUCAUAUCCCAAACCACAGAUACUGGAGCGGAUGACAUGGAUACAUCAGAUACACAGUGGGGCUGGUUCUACCUUGCGGAGUGUGGGAAGUGGCACAUGUUUCAGCCGGAUGCCAACAUUCAGUGUUCAGUCAGCAGUGAAGAUAUCGAGAAAAGCUUCAAAACAAACCCUUACGGCUCCAUUUCUUUUACCACUUCCAAAUUCAGCUACAAGAUAGACUUCGCAGAAAUGAAGCAAACGAAUCUCACCACUGGAAAACAGCGCUUAAUAAAAAGGGCUCCCUUUUCUAUCACUGCUUUCAGUUACAUCUGUGAAAAUGAAGCUAUACCUAUGCCACCACACUGGGAGAAUGUGAACACUGAAGUACCCUAUCAGCUCAUUUCUCUGCACAGUCAAACACAUGAAUAUAAUGAAGUUGCCAGUCUUUUUGGGAAAACAAUGGAUCGCAACCGAAUCGAAAGAAUUCAGAGAAUUCAAAACUUAGAUUUAUGGGAGUUCUUCUGCAGGAAAAAGGCACAGCUCAAGAAAAAAAGAGGCAUCCCUCAGAUUAAUGAACAAAUGCUAUUUCAUGGUACCAGCAGUGAAUAUGUGGAAGCAAUUUGCAUUCAUAACUUUGAUUGGAGAAUAAAUGGUAUACAUGGCGCUCUAUUUGGAAAAGGAACCUAUUUUGCUAGAGAUGCUGCUUACUCCAGCCGCUUCUGCAAAGAUGACAUAAAGCACGGAAACACAUUCCAGAUUCAUGGUGUCAGCCUGCCACAGCGGCAUCUGUUUAGAACGUACAAAUCUAUGUUUCUUGCUCGGGUGCUAAUUGGAGAUUACAUAAACGGAGAUUCCAAAUACAUGCGACCCCCUUCCAAAGAUGGGAGCUAUGUGAAUUUAUAUGACAGCUGUGUGGAUGAUACCUGGAAUCCAAAGAUUUUUGUGGUUUUUGAUGCCAACCAAAUCUACCCUGAGUACUUGAUAGACUUUCAUUGAUUUCACUUCCAAUUCUCAGUGGUCAAGAGAGUUUUGUUCUUUUUUGCAGGAUUUGCUCUCCUGUCAUCUAGCUACUAAAUAUUAAUUAUCUGAUACUUUUGAAUCAGAUAUGAAAAGAGUAGCUUCCACAUAAAAGACAUACUGACUAAAAGGUUGGUUUUCUGUUGCUUUAUUUUUUCUGUUACUCAUAGUCUUUACUAUUAAAAAUACCAUUGCCAUUUUAACACAAAGGUGAGAUAACAUUAAAAAUCGAAUCAACUAAGACUCAGUUACCAUGGUUAGCAAUUUUUAGAUUUUACAUGUGUGAUGGGGAUAAAUGCUUUUAGUUCAAGUGGACUUAUCUACAGUAUAUAUUUAGAAAAUUAAAAUAUAGCCAAACUUAUCCCUUUAGAGAAACUGAUCCUUUAUAAAUUGAAUUCUGGUGUUAUUGGCCACCAGUUAACUUACUACUUGGUUAGUCUUUAAAGGAGAGAUAUAAUCCCCGAAAUAGUCUGGGCCCUUUGAGAGAAGUAAGAAACAAGGACGUUAUUUGCAGUGCUAUCCAACAAGCCAGAGGAGACAAUCAAGAUAGAGAGCCGUUUCCUUUUGCCUGGGGACCACAAGCUACAGGCUUAGACUUGUUCUGUCCUUCUCUUUGGUCUCCUGUGUCUAAAAUGACACCUGCUUCAGACUGAUUUAUCCAUAGUUCACUCCCCAGCGUUCUCCGGUUCUUACACUAAGACUUGGUGUGCAAGAUUUCUAUUUCAUCUUCCAAAUGCAAACUUUAUUUAUUAUUUAAAAUAUUUGUUUUCCCUUUGUUUCAGAGUCCUUACAGUGAUUACUUCUAAAGUGUUUUGAUCUACCCUCUACAACACAGUUACUCAACAGUGAUUGUGAAAAUUCACAUUUCUCCAUUUUGAAUGAUUGCAGAAAAUAUAGAAUGCUCCUCACAAUGUUGUUUAUCCUUUUGAGUAGCAAUAGGCACCUUCUAACUGUUGAAUGGUUAGGUAAAAUUCAUUAUUAUAUUUAGUGGAAAUCCAUUUACUAUCUGUUCUGUUACUCUGUGUAGGAAAGAAUAAGCAAUUUGGACCAGCUUACUACAUAUAAGUGUUCUAGCAGAGACUAGACAACAGUUUGGCAGGAUAUUGUACAGGAGUUGAAAUAUUAGAUGAAAAAUCGUUCAGAUAAUUGUUAAGUGUCUUUCCAGCAUUGAUUUUUCCAUGAGAGCCUCUCUGAAAAAGAGAACAGUUGUACCAUGCCUUCCUCAGAAAAUGUUUUGCUAACUCUUCAUAGUACUCAAUUUUCUCUCCAAUAUCCUUACUCAAUUUUGGCAGAAAGUUAGUAAACAAUUUAACUUCUAGAGAGUGCCCAUGCCCAUAUUGUUCCAUUCAACCAUUUAAGUUGGGGAGGCAUCUAAAAAUGAUAGAAGUGGAGUACAGAAUAGAAUUAGUGAUGGUAACUAAGUGCUGCAUAUCAUCUGACUUUCACUAUAGCCCAGAAUAUGUGUUAUUCUGCGGUGGAAAGUAAAUAAACAGUAGACAGGAAAUUGCAUGCACAAUACUUCAAAACAAAGUAGCAACAAGAAUUUCCUGACUCAGAUGUGCAGAUUCAUUGCCAUUUAGAUGAAAUGAUGGGGAUAUUUAGAAAGCACAUCUUAAAAACGUGUGGAGAUCAUGGAAACAAAGCCACAGGGCUGCCUUUGAAAGGCAGUGCAACAUGGCUGGAGACUAAUGUGCAAAACAUAGUGUUAAACACAUUAGGAAUUCAGAUUUUCAGAAUCUUUUUGUUCUAUUUGUUGCCUUUUAACAGGGCUAUCACCCCACCCCAAUUUAACAGGGAUAUCUUUCUCAGCACUUGAGUAAAUAUUGGAGUAUUUGAAAGUUGUUUCUCUUUUAGACAUGUGCAGAUCUGAUCUCAGGGUGACUAAGAGCCCACAGUUAAGUAUUUGCAAGGCAGUCUGUGAAGUCUGAGCCUAUGUACGUGGUUGAUACUAGGUAAAUAGGGUACACUGCAGUAGCUGUUAAAAGAAAGUACUGUGGUAUUUAUUGUUCACAUCUGAGAAUGGACUGCCAACUCCCUUUUUAUAAGAACUCAUUUUGAUACAUAUUUAAAAUAUAAUGGUGUAAAGUUAAUUGAUGUUAAAAUUGUCUUUGUUUGGUCAUUAAGUUGAGCUAAAACAUGUUACCAGUUUAUAAUAAGACUGGAUAUAGCCAUUUACCAUUGUUUCCUCUGGUCAUUGUGUAGUGUGCAUGAGAAGAGUGAAGAGAAGCCAUUCCAAAUUAAACAUAAAUGAUUUUUAAAACUCUGUGUUGACUAAAUUCUAGCUGGUAAUGACUUUUCUCUUGUACUUUGGGAGACCUUAGAGUAAAACUAAAUGUGUUUUGUAAAAACACAUUGAUAGGACUAUUAUAAGCAGGAAGGUCUUGUUCAGUGCAUCAUUUCAUUUCUAGACUGUUGAUGGUGAAGACAAUGAAGAAUCUGGAGCCACUUUAAAUAUAUGAAUUAUUGUUUUUACAUUUGGUGAUUAAAGCUCUAUAGCAAGUCUUGA